AUGGCGUUGAUGCGCUGUAUGAACACUACCACCUUUGAGCUCCACACCAGCACCCAGAUCGACUUUAGACAACAAGGCUAUGGUAUCUUGUCGCACCGAUGGGGCUCCAACGAGAUUUUAUUUUCACAAGUCAGUCAAUUUGCUCAUGAAUUGAGACAAACCAGAAACCGUCACGCCCUACCGCAACUCGACAAAAUCCUGGGCGCUUGCAUCACUGCUCGCCAGCAAGGUCUCCAGUGGAUGUGGAUCGACAACUGCUGUAUCAACAAAUCAGAUAACAGCGAAUUAUCCGAGUCCAUCAAUUCCAUGUUUAAAUGGUAUAGCGAGGCAGUGGUCUGCUUAACAUAUCUGUCCGAUGUCCGCUACGCCGGUGGCUCGCCUGUGUUCCAAAGCUAUGAGACUGAUCUAGCACAGUCAAUCGAGGACGCCACCGGUAUUGCAGCACGAUAUCUCACCAAGGAGGCCGAUUUCCGCACCGCCUGCAUCGCAGCAAAGAUGAGCUGGGCAGCACGUCGUGAGACAACAAAAGAAGAGGACAUGGCAUAUUGUCUAUUUGGAAUCUUCAACCUUCAUUUACCUGUCCAGUACGGUGAAGGCAAAGCGGCUUUUAUCAGACUUCAAGACGCUCUGAUAGCCAAGAACGAUGAAUCACUUUUUGCCUGGAAGAUGCCUCUUGGAGGACCAGGGUCUAGUCUCGAAAUUAUACCAGACAAUACGGUAGACCUCGGUCCGGAUGAGUGGGGUCUCUUAGCUCCCUCUCCCAAGUGGUAUGAGCACUGCGGAAAGAUGACGACACAGCACAAGAAGUCUGUCAUGAGACAACGAGGAGGUUUUACCAGAACACCACAGGGCAUCAGUGGGCCAAUUGGUAAACGGAAUCAUUUUGUAACUGCAUUCCUGACUGGGUUUACUAUCGUCGGAGCUAUUCCUUUCCAGAUAUGGCUGGCUGUUCGACAGAGGACAACACUCAAGUACACGCUCAACUGCUGGGAGCCAAAUGAAGUCGGCGAGUUGAGGGCGGUGAGAUUGCACUUGAGACCUGUUAGGAGAGAUCCUCCAAUGUGGAUAAGGACUGCCAGUCAAGGCUAUGAUUUGGUCAAAGAUGCACCAGCAACUGAUUAUUCGGCUGUCGGAACAGUUUGGCAGCCUCAAGUGUACUAA